ACAAUUAAUUUUGCGUUACAAUUGCAAAAUUUUAAUCAUCAAAUGCACGAAUGCGCAUUUCUUUCUUUUUCAGACGGUUUUAGACAAGAGUAAAUAAAAUUUCAUUUCAAAUUUUCCGCUAAUUUACUUCCUGUAUAUCGUGCGCUCCUAAUAUCGCGAACUUAGCUCUUGAAAUCCGAAUGCGCGACUUAUUUCAGUUCAAUUGCGCUCCCGGGAGAAGCGGGAAUUUUGAAUUGAAUAAUCUCCUUGUAACCUCCUCGCGAUUCCUGCUCCCCUGAUAACUUCGACGAUUUUUCGAAGGUAUCGAGAGCACGUGUUCCCGCUCUCGCCUAACCUCUUAUAUAAUUGUUAUGGAAUAGGUGACGAAUUUAUGUAAAUACCAAGAUAUUUCAGUAUAUGUACAAAAUAAUAUAUAAUGUAGCGUAAUGUAUAACAUAUAUAUUUAUUUAUAGAAUAAUGCAUAUUAGAAUACAUAUUAUUUUAUAUUUAAAACUAACAUUUUAUAUAUAUAUUAUACAUCUCUAUUAUUCCUACUUUAUAGUAUUGCAUUUUCUGGAUUGCAUUCUUUCUGAUCAUAAUUUAUCGACGUUAAUAUUUCACAGGCACACGAAACAGUGUAAUUUAUUACUUUUCCUGACAAAACUAAAACAAAACUAAAAUAAAAGGAUCUAAAAAUGUCGCUAUAGACACUGCGUUAAAUUGAACGCGUUCCGUAAUUUCUUCAAAUUAAGUUUUAUAGACUCGAAAGAUCUAAUAUCUUAUCGAACGACGUGUGAAACUAAAGUUGGUAUUUAAAUGUUUAAAUCUUCAUGUUUUCAGGUCUAACAUUAAUUUCUUUACACUUAAAUGUUACAUUUUCAUACAUUUUUUUUUGCCCCAAUAUUAAUUUUUUAAUAUUUUAGCUCCGGUCUUGGUUUUUUCAAGAAAUUGCAAGCCCCGCAAUUGCUUUCUGAAGGUGAAGUCUUUCAACCUUGAAGAUCUUUAUUAUCCGCGCGAUUGGCGAAACUUGAGAAGAAAAUCACAUUCACCCACUAAUUUGCGUGCAAUCGUAGUUACUUUCAACUCUUCAGGUGAGGGCCAAGUACCUCGAGGGUCGCGAAACGCAAGGAUGGAAGCGAGCGAGCAGACGUCGCGGCGUUAUCGCGCGUCGUGGAUCUCCUAUACGUCACACCGGGAUACGUAUAAAAUGUCGACGUGAGCGAGAUUUUUAGCUCUUUUGUCAGACGUACAUCGCCGCGCGAUAUCGUCGACGAUGGGCCGACAACGUUGGAUCUUUGUCACGGCGAUUCUCGCUGUUGGUUGCUGCCUCUCGCUGGCGAAUGGGUUCGUUAAGCCCGACGACAAUCCCGACAUCGAACUCACCACGCCGGAACUGGUAACGAAAUACGGAUAUCCCUUGGAGAUUCACGAUAUCGUGACGAAGGACGGCUACACUCUUCAACUGCAUCGAAUACCGCAUGGCCGAGACGAUGAGAAGGAAGCGAAAUCCACGAUAAGAACGCCGAUACUUUUGGUGCACGGUCUGGGAAGUAGUUCCGCCGAUUGGAUACUUAUGGGUCCUGGAAGGUCUUUAGGUAUAUUAAUUCUUAUUCAGAUUGUUAAAGCUAUAAAAAAAAUAUUGCCAAAGAGUAUAAGAUGCAAAGGCAAUCUUGAUAUUCGCUCGUACGUAUUGGAAUAUAACGAGAAAUUUCUUCUAGGAUACAUAUUAGCUGAUGCGGGUUAUGAUGUGUGGCUUGGAAAUAACAGGGGCAACAUUUACUCGAGAAACCAUACUUCAUUGUCGCCGACAGAUCGAGCUUUCUGGAAUUUUAGUUACCAUGAACUUGGUAUCUACGACCUUCCCGCGAUGAUCGAUUACGUUUUACACAUGACGAGACACGAAAAGAUCUACUAUGUCGGCCAUUCGGAAGGUACCACGCAGUUCUGGGUGAUGGCGUCAGAAAAGCCCGAGUACAACUCGAAAAUUAUUUUGAUGAUUGGCUUAGCGCCCGCUGCCUUCAGCGGCAACAUUCGCGGACCGAUUAAGAAACUCGCCAAGCUGACGUACUUCGGCGUGUGGGUCGGUGAAACUUUCGGCUAUCCGGAAUUCCGUUCGCGAUCCGACUGGGGAAAAUUCGUGUCGAAUCUAUUCUGCCAGAGAGCGGCGUCCACGCAAUUCAUUUGUAGCAAUAUCCUGUUUCUGGUCACAGGAUUCAGUCGUGCGGAAUUAAAUACGGAGAAUCUGACGGUCAUCAUAGCUCACGUCCCCGCUGGAGCUUCCUGGAAACAAUUCGUGCAUUACGGUCAAGGAUAUAUUAAUGCAGGACGGUUUAGACAAUACGACUAUGGUAACAUCGACAAAAAUCUUCAAAUGUACAAUUCAACGAUACCGCCAGAUUAUCAACUAGAAAAAAUUACGGCGCCGAUCGCUCUUUUCAGUAGCGAUAAUGAUUGGUUGGCGACUACAAAGGACGUGGAACUCUUGUCUAUGAAGCUCAACAGCCUUGUGUUUCAUUACAAAACUCCUGUUAAUGCCACUUUUAAUCACUACGAUUUUAUAUGGGGGAAGUCCUCUCUGCAAAUGGUGUCACGGCCUAUUCUGCAACUGCUGGCUCAAUAUCAGUAGCGAUAUCUUCUGGAUUAAAGAAAGAAUAUCUUUUCGACAGAAAGUUACACAUACGUAUAAUGAAUCGUUCUAAUUUAUUGUUGUUUUAUUAUUAGUAUUAUCAUCAUAUAAUACGUUGAGUUUACAUAUAUAAUCCGUAUUUGUUUAAUUUCACUUCCACUGCGUCAGAUUAUGUGGCGCUGCAUCAAUUCAUUGCAUCGUUAACGUAAAGUAACUGUUUAUAUACUCUCUUGAUUAUAAUGUCUCUAUAUACAUUUAUACAAACUCCAUCUUAAUCAAUCUGUGAUCACUUGCGUAAGAAACUACAUUCGCGAUUAUAAUUUGUCGCAUCCAGCCGCCUGUACAAUUACAAACUUAUACUCCUUCGCUAAUCGCACUUGAGCAUCGUCCGAGAAGAUACUUAAUCCGCUUCGAAAACUGUCCCGCUAAAACGUAAAUGUGUCUAUCUUGAAAGAAAUAGACGCCGAAAAAAGUUUCGCUUUUCGCGGCUGAUGCUUUAAGCGAUCAAUCCUGAUUUACUUCAAUGUACACCGUAAUUAGAGUUAUAUGUUGCUUAUGCUAACUUACACUUUAAUCGUCUAGUGUAACUUCUUAUCCAUGCGGAAGUAUGAACGGGCCAGUUCGCGAGUUACAGGAUCAAACGAUAACUUUAUAUGAAUACUAAAAAUUGUCCCGUGAUACUGUAGAUUAAUUUAAAUAAAAUUUUAAAAUAAAUUUAAUUUGAAUAAAAAAUGUGUUUCUUUAAUUUGUUUCUUUACUUUAAUUCCACGACAUUGGAUCGGAAUAAGAAAUGAAUUAGAA